ACCUAAUUAAGUAUAACGUCAUCUUUGUUAUAACUCUGGGUUUAAUAUUAAUGGUUCAAACGCAACAAAUUUGCAGAAGUAAUGUGUGUUAAAUAGCAUAGGUUCUGUUAUUGUUUGAGAUGUUACAUGCAGUGCCCAUUCGCUAUCUUUUAUUGCUUGACGUAUAAUAAUUGAAUACUGAGCAGAUAUCGUGGUGGCUAUUGUUCCCGUGUGUUUAGUUUGAAUUUAUUGACCCACACUGCUGUUUGAGCCAUGCUUUCUGCAAGCUGAUAUCCAGGUCGCUGAGCCCCGGGUGCACAGUUUAGUUAUCUCUAAAGUAAGAAACAUUAUGACAUGGAAUUGUGUCCUUGAUCACACGCUGAGCAGGCAUGCAAUGGAAUACAAACACAGGAACUGUUACCUGCACAAAAACCGAGUUCUUAAAUAUGUAUCUGUGUAUGCUGAAUUGUAUGAGCGAUUUCUAUGUAACUAAUUACUUCGUUGGUAGGCGAACAUUGUAAAACAAGGAAGUUAUCCUUUAACCUGACCAGGACAACACACUUCACGUCUAUAAAUAGUCCCCAUGGAAAAGCCGUGAUAGGGAAAGUAGAAGUACCUUCUGGCCCUUGGCUACAGGACUGACGAGUUAACGGGCAUGGAGGAACCGAGUGGUAUUGUAUCCGCGGUACAUUUCCGUCACUUUGGGCCAGACAAUGCCUGUUUAGGAAACAGGAACUGCUGUGCAGUCGUUGACAUAUGCACAAACAAUGAUGUUGACAUACAACACAACGAAUCCAUGCAGCUCUUUCACUUGCACUGGGACGACACCGAUAUUGGGAAUGAGAUGUCCAGUAUUACAGUGUCGGAAGCAAAUGGUGACCACAAGUCAACAGUCAUAACCCCCGACCAUGUUAACAACCUCCUCAAGGAUCACCCAGCGUUACAUGACUUCACCAGAAAGAUGCUCACGGCACACCAGGUUCAGCUGACCCACGUGGAAUACGCCCCACUUGUUCUGACGUUCCAGCACUGUGUGGGUUCAGACAGGAACAUGCUCUUGCGUGAGAAGUUCAAGGUUUUCAUAAUCGUGAAAGAAUUCGUUCUGAAGGCGACUGGAUUACAGGAUUUAAAGGGAUUGCACAUUGGUAUACAUAAAUCAAAAAGUGUUUCAAUGGAAACCGGCCUUUGGUGCCGGUAUUUUCACAGGGCUUAUAAUGAUGAUUCAACGCAAAGAAGGCUGAACUCAGCGCGGUAUUCUUCAGAAGAUGAUGUUACUUCGAACGCCAUACAUUCCAGAAUAGAAAGGAGAUUCACCAGUAUUGAAGACGAACUGUUCAAACAAAGACAGACCAUGGAGUCACAGUUCAACGAUCAGGAUCAGCAAUAUGAAAAUAUACGUGCUUCACUUAUGAAAAUCUCACAGGCCUUCCCAAACGGCAGAAGACAAGCUCCUGAACCUUCAGCCUCAGAGGAGAAUAUUGAACAUAAACCAGUCAGAAAUCUUAUUGACUUUGAUUUGGACCCAUCUGAAGAUGCUUCGUCGCUUAAUUCGACUAAAGGAACAGCAUACCGUCCAGUAAUAGAAAUACUUAGCGGUGAUGAUGAUGAUGAUGGUGAUGAUGAUGAUGAUGAUGAGGAGGAGGAGGAGGAGGAGGAGGAGGAGGAGGGCCAUGAUGGCGAUGAUGGGAAGGAGCAGAACGAUGAGGAAAGGCGACAGGGUGAGGAUUCGGUGGCUAGGGAAUUGGGUGAAGUAAGUGUUGGGAGUAAAGAGGAAACAGAAGAAAGACAAGGAGAAUCAAACCAGGACCUCAGUGAUGAUGUGGCAGUCAAUGAGAAGAUGGUAUUGCCAAAUGAAUCGGACACUGCAGCCUCAAACCACACUGAGGAUGAGCAUGACGAGUUGGGGUAUAGGCAAAGUAGACCAACUGGAGAAAGACCUGUUCUUCAACAAAAACGAAAGUUUCCCGAUCUCAGAAAUGACACUAAUGUUUAUAAUCAAAAUAGUGACUCACGGGUGAGAAGCACAGAGAACAAAGAAUUUCCAGGAAAAGUAGAUGGCAUAUAUCCCGUCAGGAAGCCAACAUACGAAAAGCCAUACUCCUACAAGAAAUCGUACCAGACCACUGAAAACAGAAGCCAGGCAGUACGUGGACACGCUUCCAUUGCACAAUGCAGAUCACUUAACAAAGAACAACAAGCAAGCCAGGAACCGAGGAGGGGGGUUGCAGCUGCCUCUGAUGAAGCAAUGAAUUUUCUCGAGGACAUGCUGUAUAGCUAUAAUUACAUGCCGUCACGACAGGAUGCUUAUUCUGAUAUGCAGUCAGAUGCAGUAAAUAUCCAGCCCCCAUACACAUCAACACCUGACACAUGCGGGGAACCGAAAAAGGAGAAGAUCGAAGGAAAUGAAACAAAAGGACAAGCUUUGCGUUUAAUGAUUGAAUGCGCGAUUGGAAACAGCCCGCACUGGAGCAGAAUAUGGAAAAGUGCUGAAGAAGCAUUGUUAGAAGAGGAAUGUCCUGCUCCAAGACAUGAUCUGGCCCUCGAUACUAUUAUAUGCUUGGACACGUCUGGAAGCAUGCGAGGAGAAGCCUUUCAAGAAAUGAAGAAAAUUACUCUUGAUUUUAUAAAUGGAAUCGAGGACAUUGCAGAACAACAUGAUGUUGAAGAGAAUAUUGCCCUCGUCACCUUCGGGGGUCGAGCCAAAGUGAUCCAUCACUUAUCCAAUGACUAUGGAAGCCUCCGAGACGCUUUAGAGAAAGUAACACCAAGAGGUCCCUCACCGAUACAUGAAGGCCUGGUUGUCUCCAUGGCAGCACUUGCAAAAGGUGGCAUCUUCAGAGUCAACAAUCGAAUGGAGCUUCGACCACGAAUGAUAUUCCUGACCGACGGCCAGCCCACAGCUGAGUUGCCUGAAACUGCCGGGGACACCCAGUGGAUCAGUGUGCAGGACCAAAAUAGGAUUAUAUGGGCGUUCCGAGAGGUCAGAAGUAGACAGCCAAGUGACGAUCUACCUGAUGAAAUCAUUUUUGUUCCAGUAGGGCAGUCCUGUGAUUGGAAAUGCAUUGAAACCCUGGCAUUAGCAUGUGAUGGCAAAGUGACAGAUGCUGGGUCCUUUGUCCAGCUGUCAAAGUUUCAUUACUUGCGCAAAGUUGCCGCUCAAGCCAUCGAAUACGUCAGCCGUAAAGGGAAUGAGACGGACAUAUUUGUGGCAGGAUUGCGGUCUUUGUUCUCGAAUCUUGGACCCGACAUCGACAGGGCCAGUACGAUGGAGAUUUACAAGGUAAUAGAGUCAUAUCUGACGUCAAUCUCGAAUGACAUCAACGAAGAACCAGGUCUACCUCCCCUGGGGACAAGGGUGGUCAGAGGCCCGGACUGGGAGUGGGGCAAUCAGGAUACAGAAGGACCAGGCACUAUCUACAACCACGCCAAACUAGGUAUAGUUUGGGUGAUCUGGGAUAACGGUCAUUCCAACUACUACAGAUAUGGUCAUGACGGAAAGUAUGACGUCACUGUGGUGGAAGACCAGCCUCGGGUUCUCAGCGGUAACCUAGUGGCAGUAGGGGUACAGGUCGAAAGAGGCCCUGGAUGGCAUCGCGUGUAUGGAAACCAAGACGGUGGACAUGGCAGCUAUGGCACCAUCAUUCGUCUCACACCUGGGAAAGUCAAGGUUCGAUGGCAGAAUGGUGAAAUGAACGACUACAGAUAUGGACUGUGCGGCAUGGUGGACAUAGCUAUUCGUGACCCAAUUGCGUGCAUCCUGGAAACAACUGCCAAGAUAAAUCCUCACAUAGGAACUAGUCAAGAUACUGCAAAUGCCCUGUCAAGCAAAGAUGGCGACAGACCUUACGUAUGGCAGAGGGAGGACAAACAGAAUGGCUGGGAACCAUAUCCAGAAGCCAUUGAUGCCAAAAUGAAGAAGGCGUAUGGUAAAAAUUCCACAGGUUCAUGUCUGGUCCAAAGAAAUACACAGAGUUUCAGGGUGUCCUUCAAGUCCCUACAGGAACGGUCAUUGGCUGAUAAAUCAUGGGUGCGAGUACGAAAAUAUUUUCAGUAACAUGAAAUGUGAAGUCUCAUAGAAGAGGAUAGUGCAGCCUCGACGUUCCAGAUUCAUGUGUGACCCAUUUCCAUAUGAAAUCACUUAACUCUGCUUUUUUCUACAGUUCUAUUUUUAUACAUUUAGUUUGUCAAUCUCAUUUCAUGCCGUGAUCUUUUUAUACCCAAUCUCAUCAAUGAAUAUGGCGUCGUUUGUAAAUACCUAUCCAGCCAUUCAUCAUAUUCAUUUGCUGACCAUCAAGUUUAGUUUAACAUUCCUGUUAUAUGGCGGUGGCCUGUAAAUAAUCGAGUCUGGGUCAGACGACCAAACAAUGAUCAACAUCAUGAGCAUCGAUCUACGAAAUUGGGCUACGAUGACAUGUGUCAACCAAGUCUGCGAGCCUGACGAUCUUACGACAAGCAUGGGUUACUAAAGAUAUAUUCUAACCCGGAUCUUUACGGAUCCCAUCAAGUUAAAAUAAAUGUAACACAAAAGAAAAUGUUGAUGUUUGAGCCAUUUUCAUCCUGUUUUUGAAACUAUCUGUUCCGUCUCUCGAUACAAUGUAACCAUUGAUUGUUCCGAUAGUUUUUCAUAGUUCUGUUAUAGUGACUAAUUCAGGACAGCCAUCGAUCAAAUAUUUAAAAAGCCCAAAAACUAUAUAGUCCAGAAAAGUGAGAGUCAAGAAAUGGGCUGAGCAGGAAUCCACCCACCUCAUUCUUGUAUACUUGUUUGCUAUGUCUUGUGUCACCAAAUUAAGAAGGUUGAACUCAACCUAUUCUUCGUCUUUGUCAAUGCACACUUCAUCAACGUAUUUUUCUAUGUUCGUCUUAAUUCCGAGCUAAUUCCCCAGUCACCACAUCUACGCGUCGACAGUUCUGAUAUUUACUAGGGCGGUGGGGUAGCCUAGUGGUUAAAGCGUUCAUUCGUCAUGCCGUAGACCCGGGUUCGAUUCCCCACAUGGGUACAAUGUGUAAAGCCCAUUUCUGGUGUCCCCUGCCGUGAUAUUGCUGGAAUAUUGCUAAAAGCGGUGUAAAACUAAACUCACUCACUCACUCUAAUAUUUACUGGUCAGUGUGAUGUCAGAUGUUCCGAUGUCAAAAUUGUUAUUCUGUGUGUGUCCUGCAUCGGAUUGUUGUUGGCGCUAGAUAACAAACAGCAAGCAACAACUGAAUACUAUCUUAAUCUAAAACUAGAAAUUAUACGUUCUUUAAAGGUACCUUUGGAACUGAAUUAUACCUCCAACAAUUAACAAUUGCAAAUUUCCGCGUGGCCAUAGCACAGUUUCGUUGCAGUUCCCAUGGGCUCAAAAUAGAAACAGGUACAUAUGUUAAUGUUCCUAUAGAUAAAUGGGUGUGCACUGUGUGUAGUGAAGGCUGCACCGAAGAUGAAUACCACGUUUUAAUGGGUUGUGUCCGUUAUAAGUAGUAGUAGUAGUAGUAGUAGUAGUAGUAGUAGUAGUAGUCUUUAUUCAGUAUUGUAGGCCUCUCGGUCCAGCUUACAAACUGUGUUGAAAUACAAAUUUCUCAAUGUAUUCUCGAUAUGUAUAACCCAGAUUUCACAACCAUAUAAAAGAAUCGGUAAUAUUUUAGUGUCCAACAUUUUAGUGGCUGUUUUAAGUGACAUAUCCGAAUAUUUACUGAAUAUACUAAAUACAGGAAAACACACUUUCAUGCCAUUUGUCAUUUUUUUUAAACAACCAUCAUUGCGAUAAGCAAUGAUUUUUUACUUAUCUAAAUUUACUUCCAUGCCCCAUUUAUCACAGAAAGAUUCCAAAUAUUUAAUUCUUUGUAGAUCUAUAACAGAAUCAGAUGACAGGACAACCUCAUCUGCCAAAAGUAAUAACUUUAUCAGGCCAAUGGCAUCGCUUACAAAAUGCCAUUUGUCUACUAUUUUUCUAAUUCUGUUACCAACUCAUUUAUGAAUAGGAUGAAUAACAGAGGGCUUAACAUACCGCCUUGUCUUACGCCGCAUGGCGGAGUGAAAACAUCCGUACGGUGGGAAUCAACCUAUACAUAUGCACAAACGUUUUCAUACAUGUUUUUUGAUUACUUGAAAUAAUUUCCCAUGACACCAUUUUUCUAUAAAACACUGCGUGAGAAGUACAUACCUACUAAAUCUAUAUCAUUCCCUACGUGUAAUAAAUAUAUUAUGCUUUUGGCAUCAACGGAUGUUAAUGUCGUUAGAAAGCUGGCAAUGUAUAUUUUUAUGCGAAUUGCUCCCGAAUAACUUGUUCUUAAAUUAUUAUUCAUUAUAUACUGUAUAUUUGUGUUGCCAUAUACAUUAUCUGCUGACUGACCACCUGUAUGAACAUUGGCCAGAGGCCUACAUUCUUCAUGAAUAAAGAUAAUCACCCA